UGCUGUUCAGUGAAUGUUCAGUGAGUUCUGGAAAUUGUGUUCUACAUAAAUAUCAUGCGUUUGAGUCCAAUCAAAUUAUGAUAGAAAGUAAUCCAAGUCUUCGAAUGGUGCCAAGCGUAAAACGAUUGAACUGAAGUGUUGUACCAGCGAAACGUUGGUAUACAGCAUCAAACACAUCACAUUGACCGGCGUUCCACCAGCAAACCAGCCUAUCCGAGUCAUCACAAAAUGACCGAUAUUAAUCGCACCAAACAGAGCUAUCUGCACAAACACAACGGCAAGAUCGAUCCGCAAUCAGUGCAAUCCCCAUCGGUACUGCACUCCACGGGAUCGAACACAACCGAACAUGGCCGUGCGACCAGCAAUAGCUCGGGCGGCUCGUUGAAACGCAACAAUAGUCAUCAUCAGCGAUUGAAAAAAUCAAACACAAGCACUCUGGACCGAAGCUCUAAUGGCCCGGUGGAGUACGGAGCGGAUCGUACCGGCACUAACUUUAGUCAUCAUCCGCAGCAACAACAGACCGGAACGACCUGUACGAGAUCCGGCGCCGGUUCCGGUCUAGCCAAGAGCUGGUCGAAAACCUCCAGCAGUAGCACCUCCCAAUCGACGUCGCAUGGUCUCCCAGCGGAACAAACGCCGCACACUCACGAAACCGGCAGCAGUGGCCGACCUCCGGGGACAAAUUUAGCACCCACCGUCAAAACGGAAGCCUCGCUCAGUGACGAUUUUAAACGCUUCCACACGCUCCGCAACAGCUACGGUGGCAAAUCCAAUUUAAAUGUAAAUAACACCGAUCACAUGAUAAAAUCGCAGGUCCUACUUCACCAGCAGAAGCUGCGCGAGUACUCUCGACAACUUCCCGCACAGCAGCAGCACCAUGACAACGAUAGCUACUCAACCUGCUCUUCGUCGCAAUCCGACUACCAGCAUCCUUCGCAACCACAUCAGCAGCAUCAGCAGCACCAGCAGAACCAUCGCCACAAGCAUCACACUCACUAUCGUGUGCAUCAGCAUCAACACCAUCAGCAGCAGCAGCAGCCGCAGCAGCAGGCACAAGCCCACAAUGUCCUACCGACUCAGUCCAUCUACCCCAUCUCCGCCACGGUAGCCGCAACAGCCACGUUGACGCGCGCCGGUGGUGGAGGUUCGAUAUUGAAAAAUGCCACCAACAGCAACCAUCAGGACCCGGUCGGGAGUCGGAACAGCCUCAAACGAGGACCGGGCGGAUUGAGCACGCUGUCACUGUGCAGCUGCGACGCGGAAACGGAGAUAAUACCGAAUCCAUUAAGGCCAUUAUAUCAGUACAGCCUGGACAGGAAAAAUCCUCGCCAGCACACCUACACGUGCGAGCAGAACGCACAGAUUUUACUGCGACUGGAAAAGGACCGUCAGAAGAAGUUUGGCUCCAUGGGAAAGUUGCAUCUGACCACAUCAACUGGUGACUUGAGCCUAGCGACCACAGCGAUGCAACGGCACUCGAGUAUAACGGGUGCAUCCGUGCCGACGUCGUCCGUUUCAACUCCAACUCCCACACCACCCCCUCCUUUACUCCCAGCUGGAUCCGGAAAAGUCGCCGGAAACGCGUGCAAGGUGGCGGCCAACGUACUUUCAUUUGACUGCCAGCAUGGAUCGUAUCCUCGGGGCGAUAAUUAUGCCGAGGACGAUUCCUACAGUGAAGACAUGAUACCUCCUCCGCCACCUCCACUGAACCGACGUCCAUCCUACGGAUACGGUUGUGUGGUGCAACCUGUUGCAUCCGGACCGGAUCCGACACACACAGACCAGCAGUCGAUGUACGAACCAACUGCCCAACCCUCUAACCCAGCCAACAUCAGCUACGGACGUGAAGUCGACGGUCUGGUCGGCAGCAUGAAUCAGCCGGAUCUGUUCAACUUUGCCUCAAACACAAACGGUUCGUUGAGUGGAACACUAAAGUCAACACUGAAAUCCGCCAAAUCGUCGACAAACGGUAAAACAACUUCCGGCUCAUUGGGCAUGCCUGUCGACGGUAAGUCGAAACUGAACGACCCGCUUCCGGUUAUGAUGGUGGACCUGAUGAACGGUAACACGGCCGCAUCGCAUCCGAAUGGAAAUGAUCCGGCCGGCACGAAGCCAUAUCCGCCUUACUACUUCGAUGAUAAUUAUCUACAUCACCACUACUACUACCAGAACGGAGAGGAUCGAUUCGGGGAGACCGGAUCUGACGUGCCGUUGAAGGAAGCGAUGGAUGCCACGGGACAGUUGUAUCUGUACCAUCAGCAUCACCACCAUCCGGACACGGUCACUGCUGGCUACAUUCCCAACUACGACGCACUCAAUCUUCCUGCGAAGUACAAUACGAUCGGGACGAAUGGAGACUUGCCACUCGCGGGCCACUUCUCCGGAUUGGGAGGCAAGUAUCACACGCCUGGCGGUGGAGGAGUGGGUCAUCAUGCCAGCUCGUGCAAUAUCAACCAGUACUCCGGCUCGGCAAAAAGCAACCUCAUUGCAUCGCACAACCAUCACUUCUCCAACUCCAUCAGCAACUUCAACUUCAAUCCCUCGCAGUACUUCGGUUCGGGGCUGGAACCGGCCCCCGGUACCACCAUCAUUCCCGGUGGAGUGAUGGGUGGUGUAAUGGGAGGUGGUGAUGGUUUUCCUUCCUCCUGUAGCCUUAACGGAACUCCCAAUAAACAGCAACCGCAUCCUUGGAAACGUGGUCGUGGUUCCAUUAGUACCGGGUCCGGAUCAUCGAUUGCAGACUCGUUCUCGCUGUUGGAGUGGAGUGGUUUAUUCGCGAAAAAUGGGUUCCAGUUCGUCAUGAUCCAGCUGUCAGAAAUCGGCGAUGAAAAAUCGUGUCCACGUUGCAACGCAACGUUGGUAAUGGCGAUUUGCCGGUUACCCAAAAUGGGACUUCCUGAUUUACCUGGCCAACCGGAAGAUGAUAGUAAUUUUACAAUGGACGAAAAUAAUACCGUUCAUCUGGAACCGAUGAGUGAAGAUGAAAGCGACAAUGAAUCGUUCGUAGACGCAAAUGGUUAUGCCGGUUAUCAACCGUUGAAUAUGGACGAACAGAACCACACGAAUCGAAGAACAUCUUUGAUGGAGGAAGAUCUAGAACCUGGUACCGGAGAAGGUGAACACGCUGGAGUCGAUGCUGGUAGUAUCAUUAAUGCGGAAUUUCUGAAUGUCGACGUAUGGAACGCUCCAAGACCCAAUGAACUAAGCAUUGAGCUCGAUUCUUCAAAAGCAGCGGAGAUAGUGAACGUGAUGGCCGGAAUAAAACUGCCCACCACCGCCGUACCCGACUGGGCCCGUGGAGUACCGGAAGAAGAAUGGAAGGAAAAUUUACUACAGCGAAUUCGCCAACGACAGCAACCGGAUGUUGACGAUGGAUGUAGCACCUCCUUCACGACGGCUAGUGGUAAUGCCGCUAGUAGCAGCAGCAGCAGUCAUACAAGUAGUAGAAGAACGUGAUUUAUGCGCCAUAUACGAUUCACAUGCCAAUAAUAGCAUCAGCUUUCAUUCCCUGUAAACCGCUGCUUUAUAAUACGCCCGAUGCUCUUGAUGGUAAUGGCGAAUUGAAUGUGUGUCUUUUCUGCUAAGAAAUGUUUGCUGUCCUCGCAAGGAACACUCUCCCAAAAACCGCUCCCCCAUUCUCAUACCGGCACGAUCUCUCGUACAAUAAAGCGCACAGACUGCUCAUACCGGUGCAGUCGGAUCGACGAAACACUGUACCACGCGUGGUAUUCUAUUUAACGAUUUAUUUUAUGCGAAACAUGAAUGCCACAACUUCCGAUUCCGAAUGGUGUAUAAUAGCAUAAUGGCACGUUAGUGUUGUGUCAUGCAUGUGUACCAGGACACCACCGUGUUGUUGUAAGCCCAACCUUCACCACAUUUGUACCGUUUAGUCGAAUAGCUUGCCGUGAUUUGCAUUUCCGUUGCACUUCCGCGUUGCGCGUGCCACUGCUGGCUGGCUGGCCGGGUGGAAAAACAAAUUCCAACUGCACGCUACCUUACGUACUGUGGUACUAGGGAAUGGGAACCGACCUGACCCAUGAAUGACCACCGGUAUGUGCCAAAUGGACCGAUAUUUUCCUAAUGCUUUGCAUGAGUGAAAAAAUUAACGAAAACAUAACAAAAACUUUUCACACGUAAUUUAACAUAUCCGUGUGUGUGUAUGUGGACGAAAGGAAGUCCUUUUUUCGGUAUGGAGCACUCCUUUGAAGGAGGCAGAAGAGAAUGAGAAGGGCCAAGGGGUCCGAGAUUAAGUGCGACUGAUGAUUGCUAUGCUCGAUAGAAUCGUCUCUCGGUAGCGCCGGUUUUUUGCGAAACGACCGUAACAGCAUGCAAGGUGUGGAGCACUAAUUGAAUACACGUUGAUACGAUACGGCCAAACAUGCCAUGCUGACAA